AUGGCGAAAACCGAGCCAAGUGGUGGAAAACAGCACAUCAGCGAGAAGCCUGUCACACUCUCUAACUGGUAUCAGCAUGUCAACUGGCUCAACACAACCCUCAUCCUGAUCGUACCCGUCGGUGGCCUCGUCGCUGCAUUCUAUACAGAGCUGAGGGCAAUCACUGCUGCAUGGGCACUUCUUUACUACUUCUGGACUGGACUGGGAAUUACUGCCGGCUACCAUCGUCUAUGGGCGCACAGAUCAUACGAAGCUCGCCUUCCAAUUAGGAUAUUCCUCGCAUGUGUCGGUGGUGGUGCCGUUCAAGGCUCGAUCCGGUGGUGGAGCAGUAAACACAGGGCACACCACCGAUGGACCGAUACAGUCAAGGACCCAUACAGCGUGAUGAAGGGUCUCUGGUAUUCACACUUUAUGUGGAUGGUUCUGAAUCAGAACCCGAAAAACCGGGGCAGAACCGAUAUCUCCGACUUGAAUGAGGACCCGGUCGUCGUCUGGCAGCACAAGCACUAUGGAUCGGUUAUCUUGGUUUUCGGCAUGUUGUUCCCUAUGCUCGUUGCUGGUCUGGGAUGGGGUGAUUGGAAGGGCGGUCUUGUAUAUGCUGGAAUUCUUCGGUUUUCGUUUGUGCAACAAGCCACCUUCUGCGUCAAUUCUCUCGCCCAUUGGUUGGGUGAACAGCCAUUUGAUGACAGGAACUCACCUCGCGACCACGUCAUUACUGCGCUCAUCACUCUCGGUGAAGGCUACCACAACUUCCACCACGAGUUUCCCUCCGACUACCGCAAUGCCAUCCAAUGGUGGCAGUACGAUCCCACAAAGUGGUCAAUCUGGGUCUGGAAACAACUCGGUCUGGCUUCCAACCUCAAGCAGUUCCGAGCCAACGAGAUCGAGAAGGGUCGUGUGCAACAACUACAGAAGAAGCUCGACCAGAAGCGCGCUAAGCUGGAUUGGGGUGUUCCACUCGACCAACUGCCUGUUGUGGACUGGGACGAUUUCAUUGCAGAGGCUCAGAGUGGCAAAGCUCUAGUUGCCAUUGCUGGUGUUGUUCACGAUGUGAGCAAAUUUAUCUCCGAACACCCUGGUGGUAAAACACUCAUUUCAUCGGCCAUUGGGAAAGAUGCCACUGCUAUGUUCAAUGGUGGUGUCUACACCCACUCCAAUGCCGCUCACAACUUACUUUCCUCUAUGCGGGUUGGGGUGAUUCGUGGUGGUGGUGAGGUUGAGAUUUGGCGUCACCGAAACAGCCGAAAGGGUGUUUAUGUUUGA